UGGGGGCCGGUUCAAGCCUUAGGGCAAGUGUGAUUUAAUUCUGUUUCCUUGGUUGUAAAAGCAGUUGAGCGCUCCCAAAAUCUGCUGGCAGACUCAUAGUUAGGACACAAGUGGAGCGGGGAAAGUAAAUGCAAGGGUGGAAAUAAAGGCUGAAGAAAAAAAAAACAUAAAGGUUGUUGGAACAUUUCAUCCCCUGGAAAGAUUGUCGUAUACUGUCCAAAGAGCCAUUCCAAGAUGUUCUACCAUCUCCUGCUGCUAUGUUCCCAGCUAGUGCUAAGUGUAGCAUUACCCUUUGAGCAGAAAGCUUUCUGGGACUUCACCAUGGACAAUGACAUGGGUGGCCAGGGCAUGAUGAAUGAUGAGGAUGGUUCAGCCUUUGAGCCCACAAAACCAACAGAACGUCCAGUGGGUCCAACAUGCCCCUUUGGAUGUCAGUGCCACCUUCGUGUUGUCCAGUGUUCUGACCUGGGUCUGUCGGCUGUCCCCAAAAACAUCCCCUCAGACACCUUACUGCUGGAUCUGCAGAAUAAUAGAAUUACAGAACUGAAGGACAAUGAUUUUGCAGGGCUGCACAGUCUCUAUGCUCUGGUUCUUGUCAACAAUAAAAUCUCAAAAGUGCACUCGAAGGCCUUUUCUCCAAUGCAUAAACUGCAGAAGCUUUACUUCUCCAAGAACAUGCUGACAGAAAUCCCAAAGAACCUUCCCCCAUCGCUGGUGGAACUGCGCAUCCAUGACAAUCAAAUCAAGAAGGUGCACAAGGGAGCUUUCAGUGGUAUGGGCACCAUGAACUGCAUUGAAAUGGGAGGAAACCCCCUUGAGAACAGUGGAUUUGCACCUGGUGCCUUUGAUGGGCUGAAGCUGAGCUAUCUGCGCAUCUCAGAAGCCAAGCUCACUGGAGUACCCAAAGAUCUUCCUUCCAGUUUGACUGAGCUGCACCUCGAUCAUAACCAAAUCCAAGCAAUUGAACUGGAAGACCUCAUUCGUUACAAAAACCUUAACAGACUUGGGUUGGGAUAUAAUCAUAUUCGCAUGAUCGAGAAUGGCAGCUUGGCUUUUGUUCCUAACUUGAGAGAGCUCCACCUGGACAACAACAGAUUGUCCGUUGUGCCUGCUGGUCUACCAGACAUGAAGUACCUUCAGGUGAUCUAUCUUCAUUCCAACAAUAUCACCAAGGUCGGAAUGAAUGCCUUCUGCCCCACUGGAUUUGGAAUUAAGAGGGCAUACUACAAUGGCAUCAGUCUGUUCAGCAAUCCUGUCAACUACUGGGAGGUGCAGCCAGCAACAUUCCGUUGUGUUACUGACCGCUUUGCCAUACAGUUUGGCAACUACAAGAAGUAAAGGCAACAUGACAAAAAUAACCUGCUGAAGACAUGUCUCAGACAAACAAAUACAGAACAAAACAAAAUAAAGAACAAACCAAAACUCAAUAUGAACAGUCGGUAUGCAUAAUUAUAAAGUAAAUUAAUUUUAAGUUAAUUUUUUGAUUCUAAAUUAGUUAUACACCAAAUACUGCCUCAGAUGAAAAUUCUAUGUUUUAACAAUCUACUUCCCCUCAUUAACGUGGCAAAACAAAAUAUCCAAAGACAGAAAAAAUAACAAGAAGACUGUUUCAACAAUGUAUUUAGAUUAGUGUUGAUUAAUAUUUUGUCAGGUCUUACUUUAUGGCUUUAUAUAAAAAAUUACAUUCCAUUUUUUUGUCACCAAUUCAAAACAUUAUACUUGGCAAUACCAGUAAUAAAAAAAUCUGAAUCUAUAGUUUGUCAGUGCUUGCAUUGUCUUGAAAACAGUGUAAGAGGUGCCAAGUAUUUUUUCAAAGAGGAGAACCUAGUUUCUUGGUUCCUAAUGUCUGCCAGUUUGUUAUAAAGGUGGCCAAUGUUCUUCUUGAAUUAAGGUUAUAAUAUUCUUCUAAUUUCCGGACCAGAUAUCAAACAAAAUACUUCCAAUAAGCGACAAUCCUUUGAGAAUUCCUUACAACAAUUUAGUGAUUAGUAGGAGCCAGUUAUUCCAGGAGUUUGAUUUAACAAAAGUCACAUACUGAACAGACACCACAAGGGUUUCAUAUACAACAUAAAAGAGUGAAAAAUUGAGUAUGUUAGUGGUUUUGUGUUACAUUGAAGCCCGCAGCCACAUAUGAAUCCAGUAUUGAGUCAUUUAGUCUGUUAGGCCACUAAAAUAAUGUUUUAGUAGCCUGAAAAACUAUUUGUUAUUCGGAAAAGGGACAUCAUGGUAUUGCUCUUGUAACAGGUUCAUUUCUUUACUCUGUUACAGUCUAUUUCAGUAGUUUAAAGCCAAUUGAUUUAAAAUUAGUCUAUCUCUGUUUUUUUUUAUUUUUAAAUUUUCUCUUUCAUUAUGAAAGAUCAUGAUUAACAUUCCCAUAAGUUUGUAUUGGAAUAACUGGGUUUAGAAAAUAAAUGAAUGAAUGAAUGAUUGAGUGAUCGCUGUGGUAUAAAUUGUUCUCUGUCUUUGUCAUUAUAUGCUUACAAUAAUAUAGAUGAUUACAGUGCUUUCCAGUGUGGAGGAGCUUAAAUUAGUAGGCCAGAUUGCUUGACAAGAUUUUUUUAGAAAAUUAACUGUGAGAUGCAACAUGCACAUAUUAAUCAUAUUAAUAUACACACCCAACAAACUCUAUAAUAAAAAAACAGCAAUAAAGUAGUUUUUUUAGCUUAGUUUUUUCUUUUUUAAAUAUUUUUGAAAAAAAUAUUGUUAUCAGUCCAUUUUUUCAUGCAUUCCUAAAAUAAAGUGUUUUCUAUUGGUCUUUUUUUCUUUCAAAUUUGGAAGCAGUUUGUAAAAACAUUUGUUUUAUUCCUCAUCAGAGCCAAUACACUUUUAGUAUUUUUAACAUUAGGUCAUGUACUGUAACCCAAAUGUUCCUAAUCAAAUAUAUAUUGAGAAGAGCAAAAUAUUUGCAUUAAUUUGAGAAAGCAGUGUGGAGCCAGACAAGCCAAGUGUGUUCAACUUUUAUUUUUUCACUGUGUAGCCUUCCUCUUUCAUAUUUUGCAUAAAUAUUUAAAGGAAAUAUUGGAUUGUAUUUAUAAGUUCUCACUCUCUUCAGUCACAGAUGAAUGAUGACUCAGAUAUCAUUAAAAGCUUUCUGGAUGUUUUGAAAUAUUAUUACAAUAAAUAUAAUU